GCAGUCAGUAGUUUGUCAACUCCCGCGUUUUUGGCGGCUUUUUCUCGAUUUGUAUCUCUUCGUGGUUGUCCAAAGAAUAUGUAUUCAGACAAUGGAACCAAUUUCGUCGGUGCGUCGAGAGUUUUAAAGACUGAAUUUCGUAGUUUCCUUCGUGACAUAGGUUCCGAAGUAAACUCUGGAUAUGCACAUCAAGGAAUAAACUGGCAUUUUAAUCCUGCUAGUGCCCCUCAUAUGGGGGGUUUAUGGGAAUCGGGGGUUAAAAGUUUUAAACACCAUUUUCGUAGAAUUGCCGGAGGUUUGAAAUACACAUUUGAGGAAUUUUCUACAUUGUUAGCGCGAAUAGAAUCUUGUUUGAAUUCGAGACCUUUAUGUCCAUUAUCGGAAAAUGUUGACUGUUUAGAUUGUUUAACGCCAGGCCAUUUUCUUACUGGUGGCCCACUAUUAGCACCUCCUGAAGUUGAAGUUUUGGAAGCUCCGAUAUCUAUUCUAAAUCGUUGGCAGAGAGUUAAAGCCUUGAAUCAACGUUUGUGUGCUAGAUGGAAGGAUGAAUAUUUGAAGGAUUUGCAAAAACGUAAUAAAUGGAAAUAUGUGCGGAAAGACAUGCAAAUCGGUGAUAUGGUAGUCAUUCGGGAAGAUAACUUGCCUACAAACGAAUGGCGUUUAGGUCGCGUAGACAAGCUGAAUAUUGGUAAAGAUGGCCACGUUAGAGUUGUUGAGUUAAGGACAGCACGUGGCUCAAUAGUAAGACCAGUUGUGAAGUUAGUGGUACUUCCAACUGACUAGUCUUUUUUAAUUUUUUUCCUACAGACAUUUUUCAGAAACAAUAUGGUAAAUCCUCGCAAUAAUGCUGAAGGUCGUCAAACCUCAAAAAAGAUAAUUUGCCGGAUUUGCCUCAAAAAUCAUCCCUUAAAAUCCUGUCACAAAUUUUUGCAAGUAGACUAUGAAGAGAGAAUGCGACUGGUCUCCAUUUAUCGCUAUUGCGCGGGCUGUUUGGCUCAUGACCAUACUUGGCGUACUUGUGAAAGUACGGGCCGAUGCGGACGAUGUGGUGACAUGCACCACACAUUGCUUCAUAAGGAAGGUAGAGGUACUUUGUCCACGCACAGAAGAAACCAGCGUCAUCGUCGAGGAACUAAUUCGUCCGAUCGCCGAGAGUCAACCGAACCCAGUUCGUCGAGAAGCUCUACCAGGGAUCGUCGGUUAACAAAUGGUCAUGAGAGCGAGAGACCUAGCACGUCUCAAGCCCUUGUUUUAAGGAAGAACAAGGACCGUAACGCCCGCCGCAGACGUAAUCGUAGGACAAAAAAUGCGUUUAAAAGGAGCACCGUCGCAGGAACCGUGAUGGGACCACCAAUAAAUGUAAGCGGGUCAGUGUUGCUGAAGCCAACGGCUAUGGUAAACAUUGAAUCAAAUGGGCGUUUCAUUAGUGAACGUGCCAUAAUAGACGCCAACUCAGAGGUAUCCAUUAUCUCGGAAGAAGUGGCUCGAAGAAUAUCUGCUCGUAGAAUUAACGUGGGCGACAAGGAGAAGUGCCUCAUUAGAAUUGGUGGUAACCACGGUUCCAGCACCAUAAUUGAGGUUUAUGCCGAAAUCAAGCGGAAUCUGAACAUGAUGGCACCACCGAGAUCAGUCGAUGGUAGUAUUUUAGACGAAUUCCCAGGGCUGCAAUUGGCAGAUCCGCAUUUUAAUUCAUCGAGUGCAGUAAAUCUUUUAUUGGGUGGUGACGUCUAUAGCCGAAUUAUAAGAAAUGGAGUGUAUGGAGGGUCCUUCGGCAAACCACUUGCACAAUACACAAUUUUUGGCUAUAUCAUUUCUGGAUUGUGUUCAUCUUAGAGUUUGUAUGGAAUUACAUUCUUCGUUAUUUUUUAAAUUGUUUUAAAUAAUGAACAAGAAUUAAAUUUUUUGUAUUUUAUUCUUUUUUAGUUUUCUUAUUUUUUUCUUUUUGGUCUUUGGAUGGCUUCACAAACUUGGAUUACUAUGGGAUGGAGUCACCACAUUUAAAUAUUUAUUGCUUUGUUUUGAAAUAAAUGGAAUUUUGAAAUUUUGAAUUUUUUGAAGUUUUUCGUUUGCUCUUUUUUCUAUUUUUUAUUAGCUUUAGGUUUUCUACAAUUGGUUUUUGAGUUGCUGUACAGCAAGGGCGCCGGAAUGUUCAUGUCUGAAUGGAUGGUAUUGGUUUGCCCAUCUCUGUCCUGUUGGGGGAUGAUGUUGCCAUCAACAAUUUGAAUUGACUGCCAACUAUAAAGCGCUGCUAUGAUAUAUAUUUAGCUUUAAGUUAAUUUUUUUCGUUAAGUCUUACUUUAACUUUAUAUCUAGUUUUUGCGAGCCAAUCGUUGCUUAGCUUUUAAAGAAGUAAAGUUGAAUUUUGAUAAUUUUUUGGUUUUUAUAUCGAGCCCUUUUUAAUUCGUUUUUUAAUAAAACAACCAUUUUUGUACAAAAAACAAUAGUUGAAAAAACAUCAAAGGAAAGUGUUUUAAUUUUCAAUAAAACAAAACAAAAUUGCUUUGUAUAAAACAA